AUGCAAUGCUGCGGAUCCAUCGGGCCGCAGUCCGGUGGCUGUGGCGCCCAACCACUCAACCACCUCCAUCAUGCAGGGCUGGAAAUCCAGCCGUUGUCUCGGUGUCGAAGCGACGCCUCUUCGUUACCUACCACCAUGCAGGACACUCACUAUUUGUUAGAGGAUGAGGCCUCUCUACGGCGCCAGACCUAUCAUUCUGUAUCAUGGCCACCAACGACAGUCUUCGACAAGGCUAUAUACAACAGCAGCAUGUCCUACAAAAUUUUCAACCACUUCGACGAAGAUGGGCCCAUCGACGUUUCUCAGGACAUCGAUUUCAAGGUGGCCCGUUUGGAGGCGUUCAUAACGACCAUGAUAGGCUUUUACUCGGGCGACUUGGAUCUCACGGGUCGACGUCUCUCCAGAUUUGAAUUCUAUUCAUCACGUUGGUCUCUCUUUCUUGCCGACGUGGAAGCUCUCGCCCCAUUUGUGCUGGAAUUCGAACGCGGAUGGACAUCUGAGGGUCUCCUGGAAGGCCAAGGUCGCUCGUAUGUGUACUAUGAAAUUCAGAACGAGGAGAUGUGGGAAAAUUUUCGAGAGCGAUGGCUUGUACCAAGCUCAUACGUUUACGAAGACGUGAAGGAAUGGACAGAUAGCGUUGUCAGGCAGAUAACAGACUCCAAGGGCGAGCCGAAGAUCCAGAAGUUAUUUCUUCUUGAUCUCCCUGACGAGCUGCUGGAUCUCGUGUUUCAGCAGGGGGGCAGUGGCGUCGUACGUCUUCUGUCAAGGACUUGUCGACAUAUGAGGGCUUUGGGAGCGCCAUACACCUACCGAUUUCGCUCCAUACGUUUGUGCGUGCCUUCGACCAAUGAGAUAGCAUUAAUACUAGGCAGGUCUGUCACGGAACAAAAAAAAAAUCGUUUGUUCUGGUGUUAUCAGCAGUCUCUGGACAAGGCGCAUCAAGACAUUGCAUUCCUCGUAGCGCGCCCUGAUAUCACUAAACAGAUCGAGAUUCUGAAUAUUCGCAAUUCCUGGGCCGGCAGCGGCAGGUUACCUACAACCUUUGACACGCGCUAUGAUUUGUCUUCCGUCCUCUCUGGCCUAUCGGCCGCCUUUCCUCAUGGCGAAAGCAUUACGAUUUGGUCGUCAGCACGCACUUCCUUCGAACCAUCCAGUGUGGCGGAGGCUAAAAUACUGGCUGCUGUACCCAGCUUUUCAACCUUGACAACGUGCGCCACCUACGGCUGGCGAUAUCUCGUAUCAGUGGACUUGGAGGGCUGGAUUGGAUUACGGCCUGGAACAUCCUCGCGUUUUGCACUAAAAUCACCUCUCUUUACGUCUUUUCCCACUCGCAGCAGCUCGAACUUACCUUGUUCAUCCGCAUCUCGGCUGCAUCGGUUGGCCUUCUCUGCGUUUGGCUACGCAGAAAGGGCAGCGCAAGCGUCUUCAGUGACAUCUCCCAGCCCUGAGCCAUCGGCCACGUACGCUUCCCAACUGGCCUCCCUCCUUCACCUUCGCUACUUCGGGUGGAACCUUGGGGAACCAAUACCGCCGGGCGGGCCUGUUCCAGAGGAGACCAGUGCUGAAGAGAAUGCUGAUAAAGAGGAUGCAGAUGCAGAUAACGACGAGGCUCCAAGCGACCCAGACGAAAUCGCUGCAAUGUUUGCCAAGCGCUGCGUGGCGCUAGAGGUGUUCAUGCUUCAUGAUGUAUCUUUAGGGUGGGAUAUUUGCCGCACAAGUGAUGGCCGAAUGAGGUUGAAGAAAAUGAGCGACUUCAGAUGUUGGGAGUCUAUCCCGUGGAAUCCGAUGUCGACGUGA